GCACUACAGUGAAUAGAAGGGAGGAAAUUACAGAGAAGAGAAUCAUAAACUUACCUAAGAGUAGACCAAAUUUCCAAAAAGAGAAGAAAAUGUUAUAUUUAAUAUGAAUAGUCUUUCCCUUUCAGACGGCUAUUUACAAGGUUAAAAGCAAACCUACUUAUCAAGUAUAUUGAAUACAAGAGAACAGCUGCAGAAUGUAAGUGCUUCUGUUCAUCUCUUUCUAUAGCUUUGAAACUGAAAACUCUCAGAAGAAGAACUGAAGACUGGCACUGAACAGGAUAAUUCUGCAGUGAUAAUUUGUUAAGAAGAAACUUUGGGGGAGAUAAAGCAUGGCAGGGGCAAAAAGGAGAAAGAAAAGUGUAGUGUGGAGGAAGAUCCAUGCUCUUCGCUAUGAAGAUAUCAAACUGUGGUGUGUAAGAAGGCUGCCUAUUUUGAAGUGGGCACCCAGUUACAAUUUGAAGGAAAACUUGAUUCCUGAUACAGUCUCUGGGAUGAUGCUGGCAAUUCAACAGGUACCUCAAGGGCUGGCCUUUGCUGUUCUGUCUUCAGUCCAUCCAGUGUUUGGUUUAUAUGGAUCUCUCUUUCCUGUCAUCCUUUAUGCUAUUUUUGGAAUGGGACGCCAUGUUGCAACAGGAACUUUUGCUUUAACUUCCUUGAUAUCUGCCAAUGCAGUUGAGCGUCUUGUUUCUCCAGCAAGCAACAAUUUCACUACAAGCAAUAAUUCGGGAGUCUUAGGUUUAUCAGAGUUUGAAAUGCAGAGGAUUGGAGUUGCUGCAGCGGUUUCAUUUUUAGGAGGAAUUAUUCAAGUAGCAAUGUUUGUGCUGCACUUGGGCAGCGCCACAUUCUUGUUGACGGAACCGGUGAUAAGCGCAAUGACAACAGGAGCAGCUACGCAUGUUGUGACUUCACAAGUCAAGUAUCUGCUGGGAAUGAAAAUGCCAUAUAUAUCUGGGCCCCUGGGAUUCUUUUAUAUUUAUGCCUACAUAUUUGAAAACAUCAAAUCAGUUCAAUUAGAAGCAUUGCUUCUGUCCUUGGUAAGCCUGGUGGUGCUCGUUCUGGUUAAAGAACUGAAUGAAAAAUUUAAAAGAAAAAUUAAAGUAGUUCUUCCCAUUGAUUUAAUUCUGAUCAUUGCUACAUCCAUUGGCUGCUACUGUGCUGAUAUGGAGUACACCUAUGGCCUAGCAGUUGUGGGACAUAUUCCAGAAGGGAUACCAGCACCGAAAGCCCCAUCCAUGAACAUCCUCUCUGAAGUAGUUACUGAAGCUUUUGGAGUAGCAUUAGUUGGUUAUGUAGCAUCACUAGCCCUGGCUCAAGGCUCUGCUAAACAGUUCAAAUACUCUGUGGAUGAUAACCAGGAGCUUUUGGCUCAUGGCCUCAGCAAUGUGAUUCCUUCAUUUUUCUUUUGCAUACCAAGCGCUGCAGCGAUGGGACGUACUGCACUUUUAUAUAGCACCGGAGCAAAAACACAGAUGGCUUGCCUUAUAUCUUGUAUUUUGAUACUUGUGGUGAUCUAUGCAAUAGGACCAAUGCUAUACUGGCUGCCCAUGUGUGUUCUAGCAAGUAUCAUUGUUGUAGGUCUAAAGGGAAUGCUAAUGCAGUUCCGUGAUUUAAAAAAAUAUUGGAAUGUGGAUAAAAUAGAUUGGAGCAUAUGGGUUAGUACCUAUGUAUUUACAGUUUGCUUUGCUGCUAACGUGGGACUAUUGUAUGGAGUUGUCUGCACUAUAGUUAUUGUGAUUUUCCGCUUCCAAAGAGCAAAGACACUGAGUUUGAAAAAUAUGAAAGAAGUGGAAUGUGAAUUCAAAACAGAAGCUGAUUGUGAAUCUUUACAACAGGUAAAGAUAGUUUCAGUGAACAACCCGCUAGUAUUUCUGAAUGCCAAGAAGUUCCAUCGUGACCUAAUAAGGAUAAUCCAGAAGGACAGUGCAAGCACCCAGCCACAUGAUGAUCUAAACAAGUGUGAACAGAACACGUUGCUCAAUCCAGUAUCCAAUGGAAAUUGUCAUGGUGAGCUGUCAUUACAGCCAUGCCCCAACGAGAGAUGUGCUUUAAUAUUAGACUGCAGUGGACUGACUUUCUUUGACUAUACCGGAAUCUCUGUGCUUCUUCAGAUUUGCAUGGAUUUUAAAAACAGAAGUAUCGACGUGUUACUAGCACAUUGUAAAGCUUCCUUGGUAAAAGCAAUGCAGUACAGUGGAAAUCUAGGAUCUGAAAAUCCUAUCUUCUUUGAAUCCAUUUCUUCUGCAAUUGGUGCCAUUCAUGUAAACAGGAAUUUCCGCAAACUCAGUGAUCACGAUGAAGUGUGAAGUCGACAUGACACAGGGUGGCUAUUUUGAUCUGCUAACAUACAGAAUGAACUACGCCAUUGCUUUUCCUUACAUCUUUUUUUGUGAGAUCAUGUAGGUAGUAUUUUGUAUGCCAAAUAUGUUUAAUAGGCAAUCAGUGCUACCAAAGAUUUCUCCUCAGCUACCGCUGCUGAGAGAGUGUUCAUACAAUGGAUUGUUCUAUUGUGGAUAUAUUAGUAUUUUUGUACACUUUUAGAUACAAAAUAUUAGAAAGCAGACAUGGGAUAGCAACCUUUUAAAGUGAUUUAUAUUGUUUUAGCUCAUUCUAUAGUAACUUAAUUUGUAAUGCACAACUAUAGUUUUGUGCAUGGAAGAAUAAGACAUUAUGAACUUUAGCAAAUGAUCUGUAGUGACUGGUGUGGUAUAUGCAGCGUACCAUAUACAAAACCCAAUUUUGUUUCAAAUGUCUGCUUUAAUCCUUUUCUUCUUAAAACCAAACACAUGCAAUAGCAACAUCAUAUUGUAUGACCCUGUGCACCUAACCCAGUCCUGCAUUUCUUGUACACUUAAUCCUUCUUUACUAUUUAAUGCCCAAUGGGAGGUCAGUGGGCAUUUUGAGUGUGCAAAGAAUAUACUGGCUUAGUAUAUGUUAUCAUGUCUCCCUCCAGAGACCAGUGCCAGUGACUAUUACAGCUUGCUAUUUUGUUAAACCAAAGGAGUUCUUUAGUUCAAGUGGAAGAAGAGGCUUUUAUUUUUGGUUCUAAAGGUCCCAGGUUUGAUCCUCACUGGUGCAUGUGGAGUCUGCAUAUGUAUGUGACUCUGGCUCAAUACACAAUCUCAGGCCCAAGAAUAUUAUGGGCCACAUUCUCAAUUGGUAUAAAUCCACAUAGCUCCAUUGACUUUAAUAGAACUGCACAAAUUUACACCACUUGAGAAUCUAGCCAAAACAUCAUAUCAUGGAACAGAUUUUCAAAAGUGCACCUAAAAUUGCACAUGCAGGACAUACAUUUUAGUGGGAAAAAUGAGCAAUUGCCCACUACGCAGGUGGGAUAAUGGUGUUCCGCUGCCCAGCUGCACAUGUAAAUGUGGAUCUUGUACAUAGAAGCAGAUGCAUGAACAUUUUCAGGGCAGCAAUUUGAAAGUUUGGCCUUGUAAAUUCUGGGCCAGAUUUACCAGAGUAAAUCAGUGUGUGCUGGAGUGGGGCAGUGUACAGCUUAAUCUGUCCCUCUGUAAAAUUGAGAAAUUGGCCUAAUUUAUAAUUAACCUUAUGAUUAAAAAAUGAAGUGAUUACUAGAGUACACUGAUAGCUGCUUGUUAUCUAGUUCCUUCUUUCAAAAGGUAAAUGUUAGUGUAGUUAAAUUAAGCCCCCAAAGCAUUGCAAAAUAAGGGAAGAUGACUUUUUGUAGCUAGUCUGAGGUACCUUCAAUGCUUUAUUUAAACUUUACUGAUUUGCUAUUUAGUCAGAAGUACUGAAGUCUGUCUCUCCCAAGAGAUUAUGGGUUCCACAUCACAGAGAUGGCACCCACUAUUUAAUUUUCAGGUAGUUCAUUUAUACUGUAAUAUGCUGGAUAGUGUGUAUGUAAAUGAUUGUUCCUUUACUGGAUGCAAUCACAGCUGCUCUAUUGUUUGUUAUGGGUGCUAACCUCUUAACAGUUAAAGGAAAUUCUCUUUUAGUUCCAGUGCUACUGCUUGUUAGGAAUCUGUCCUUCUGGAGCAGAAUCAUCUAGUUCUCUCUCUGUGUUCCAAGUGGCCAUGAUAUGCAGCAUAGUGACAACCAGGAGAAGGGAAGAAGAGGGCAACAGGUAUGGAUGGUCACAGGACCUCAAGGGGUAGGAAUCUCAUGUCGAGGGAAAGGCAGCCCCACUGGGGGACUAGUCACUCAAACCUCAGAAGAGGCACACCAAAAGGUUUAUGAAUCUGUCAGAGAACUAGGUUUGAGAUUUGUACUGGCUUUGAGUUUCAUCACAAAAGGUUUGAGAUUUUAACAUAAUUUUUCAUCAGUUUUUUAAAAUUUGCUAGGAAGAAUUUGGCAACGUUUUUGCCAGAAUGGUUUCUUGUUUCAACCAGCCCAAAGUUGCCCUAUUAGUUUGAGGUCUGACUUGAGUUUCAUUAACAUUUGCAAGGUGUUAUAGAUUGUUGUAAGCUGCUGUGACAGUCAAGACCAUAACACACAAGUCACAUUACAACUGAAAACAAUGUGCAAUACAGAGUAAGAUUAUUCCAAAAACAUCUACAACAUACCAUGCUGCUAUGUAUUUGUGUAUCUGUGAUACACACAGAAUGCAAGAGAAAUGCGCUUACGUUAAAGGGUUCAAGAAACCCACAGUUCAAAUAUGUAUCUUGAAAUAUGUUGGAUAAUGUUGUUUAUGGUUAUAGGUAUUGUGGGGUAUUUGUUGAUCUGUAAAACAACUGCAGUAAAAAGGGAGGGUCAAGUAAGUUAUAUAGCCCAGCUUACUUAAAAAAGAGAAAACAAGAGGAAACAGGGGGCAUAUAUUCCCCACUACCACUCUCCCAGCCUCACUCCGAGCUGUGGAUUCCUUCUCCCGCCGACUUAAAGAGGUAGGGAGGGUGAAAGGAAAGUGAGCAGGACACAUUACUUCUAAGAGUUAUUUUGGCAACACAGAGAGAAUGGUAGUGUCAGGCUGCCCUGUUCAGAUGGAAGGAAACAGGCAAGAUCAAAGUCCAGGCAGCCAGUUCCUGGCAGCAGAGUCUAGCUAGACUUUCCCUGCUACACCAACCCCAACCAGUUAUCUCCAGCAGAUGUGUGUAUUGCAGGAGCCUAGGGAGUAUCACUGCUUCCCAACCCUCUGCAUGUCUAUGCCAAGGAUGGCUUUUCCCUCAUGUUUGUUCUGUCCCUUUGCCUGAUUAAUAAAGAUUUAGGGGAAUGGAGGUGUAUAAUUCAGUAUUUCGCAGGACGUAGGGGAAUCCUGGAGUUGUUUCCCUCACUGCCUUGCAGAAGUUUCUAAGUCAGACAUCACUGAGGUUGCAUUUAUAAAUGUUUGGUAAAGGGUUGAUUAAUAAAUGUUAAAAGCAUGUUACAGGCAUGAAUAGUAUGUUCUACAGGUAGUUGUAAGUACAUCAGUGUUCUAGAUGGUUGCAAGCAACCUGUUGCCUUGUUGAACUUUAACAGUCUGUAACAAUUGAUUAAUCAUUUACUAAACCAGCUAUUAAUUUAUUAACCCUUUGUAAACUAUUAUUAAAUGUACCCUUAACUGUGGAAGCACCACUUGUAGUUCUGUAGUUAAGUUUUGCAUAUAAAUGACCCCCUUCUUUAUCUAUGAAAGAUGCAGCAUCUCCUCCCCAAAACUACACCAUUUGCUCUUUGAGUAAGGGGGUGUAUUUUCUGAGAACUUUAAAAUAAAUUGACUGAUGAGUUUAACUUAGAAGACAAUUUAAAAAGAGGGUUAUUUAAGAAAUUCAGCACUCAGGAUCAGACCAUUUUUUAUCUUGAAGUACCUUAAUAAUGGAACAACGAACGUGCUUCAAACUUCACUUAUUGUUAAAACUCACUGAAAUCUUCUGCAUAAGCUUCAUUUGAAAACAUUUAGUAGGAUUAAUGUUCAUUUCUCCUUGUUAUUCUUCAUAACUAAAAGAUCCUCUUACAACAGAUGCCAACAAAUAAUAUCCUACUACAGAGAAUUCAACACAGAACUACCCUCUUUCCAAAUAGUUUCCAUUUCAUUUAUUUUCAGUGAGAAUGAGAUAAUGCCUUGCUGUGUGCAGCGUUGUUGUAGCUGUGUUGGUCCCAGGAUAUUAGACAGACAAGGUGGGUGAGGUAAUAUCCUUUAUUAGACCAACUUCUGUUGGUGAGAGAGACAAGCUUUUGAGCUACACAGAGCUCUUCUUCAAGUCUGGGAAAGGAUUCAGAGUAGCAGCCGUGUUAGUCUGUGUCCGCAAAAAGAAAAGGAAUACUCCUUUUCUUUUUGAAGUCUGGGGAAGAUACCCAGAGGGUAUGUCACUGUAGUUAGAAACCAGCAGCUGGCCCAUACCAGAUGACACGGGCUCGUGGGUUUCAGGCUAAGGGGCUUUUUAAUUGCAGUGUAGACAUUUGGGCUCGCGCUGCAGCCCAGGCUCUGGGUCCCUUAACUCAAGCCUCACAACCCUGAGUCAGCUGGCACGGGCCAGCCGCAGGGUUUUAAUUGCUGUGUAGACAUGUCCAGAGCAUCACAGACAAAUACAGGAUUGAACAGAUAGCUUAACGUAAGUAAUUUGCACAUAUUUUAAGAGACCAUUCAAGGUGAAGUGACCCAUUAGCACCCCUGUAGUCAUAGGAUAUAAAGGGGAUUAGUGGGUUAGACAUUGUUGUAAUAAGCCAUAAAUCCUGUCUUUAUUAAGACCAUGAAUUUAAGCUCCCAGACUUGUCUUUUGAAAUUGUUGUGCAGGUUUCCUUUGAGGAUGAGGACUGAUAGGUCAUAUAUUGGGUGAUUGCUUUGUGGAAAGUGUUCACGCAUAGGUGAAUAGGGUGUUUUUGUCUUUUGUCAUUUGUCUUUUAACAACUAUGACCCACAUUUGAUGGGGACCUCAUCCUGAAGGAAAUCUUUCUUGAAUCCUCCCCCCCCCCCCUUCUGGUCUGCAAACAACCCCCCUAACCUCUCCAAGCUCAUCAGAAGUAAGUUGCCCACAGACCAGGACACAUCAUCUCAAAGUGAUGCCAGACCCUGCCAGAACAACAGAUGCAAAACCUGCAAACAUAUCUCCACUGCUACAAUGAUCAACACACCUUUUAGGAUUCAGGGGUUCUACACGUGCAUAUCACAACAGUGCACUAAAAAUCCCAACAACAACUGUGUGGGUGAAAUCAGACAAUCACUACUCUCUUGAAUGAACACAGGAAAAUGAUAAAAGACAAAAACCCCAUAUCACAUGUAGGUGAACACUUUUCACAAAGCAAUCACUCUGUCUGACAUAUCAGUCCUUAUCCUCACAGGAAACCUGCACAACACUUUCACUUUAUUAUAGAUUAUCAGCUGUCUUCCCCAAGGCCAGCUGGCAGGAUGCAGCAGAACUGAGACAUACGUGCUCAUACGCUUCAGUAAAAGACUGCAAACUAGCUUCCCCAAAAUUAUUCAGCUGACUCAGCAGGGUAUAGUGGGUGAAAUUCACCCCUAUUCAGAGGGUCAGUACAAAAUCUAUGCACUAUUUACUAACUUUUCCUGGUUUAUUGGCCUUGUGCUGGCCCACUGCACAUGGGUGAAUUUCAUCCAGUAGAAUGUAGGGACUUAGUUAUUGCACCUAUUGAGCCAGACAGUUGCCUUUCCGUAUUCUAGCCUUAUCUGAACACCCCUGAAACACCUGGAGACCUGCCACUGUAUUAGGUAAUAGGGUUUUUAGAUAAGUGAGGUUUGGAUAAAUGAGUUUGUCCUGAAGUCUUGGUGAAUUCCCUCAACUCCCAUUCAAAGGCAUUUCAAAGGGAGCUGGGGUCAACAGGCUAGAGGAAGCUUCAUGUUUACUAUUAAACAAGUAAAGGAGGCAUAUAAUAAUGAAGUAAAUGGGGGCUCUGGGUGCUAAGCGCCUUUAAAAAUAAGGUCACUAAUUUAGGUGUCUAAAUAUUAAUGUAGAUGCCCAACUUUGCACUCCCAAGUCUCAAAGCAGUAAACUUAGACUUCAUGUAGCUUAUGAAAAUCAGUAGUACAAUAUUUGGAGUUUUGGUAUGUGGCACUUUAUAGGAGGGCAUUGACUUGUAUUUGUUUUCAAGAGGAGGUUAGUAUUUUCAGAGCUCUUAUAUUUGACAUUUUGGUGUUUCCUUUUUUAGGCAUUAAUCCCAAAUCCCCAUAAUUUGAAUUAUGAUUUUCCCCUCUUAGAAUGUGUCUUUCGACAGUUAUUUAAAACACGGCUAUCAGCUUCUACUUCUUAAAGCAAUAGCAUUUCACUCAUUCCAAAACAAAGCAAGUGAAAAUUAAAAAAAAAUAGAAUUUGAAACCAGUGUUAAGAAACAAACAUGGUGACAAUUAUAAAUUAGGCAUAAAAUAUGUAGUAAGGGGAAGAUUGUUAACAUUAUAUUUAUGCAAAUUAAAUGUCCUUAAUUUUCAUCAUAUAUCUUUCAUUGUAAAGGUUAUUUGCCCUGAUUCUAUGAUUCAGGUGUCACAAGGUCUCGCUUUAGCUGCUUUGCCGUAAUUUAUUUGACAGCACUAUAUACUAUAAAUAUAUAAUGUAAUGAGGAAAGGUAUCUUCAUUGUUUAAUGAAAACCUUAAUGUGUCAAUAGUGUGUAUGGAUAUUGUUUGACAUUUACUGGUUACAAAAAUAAAUUAAUGAAUUGGUGAACAUACCGUAUCCCUCGAAAAUAAUGCACUCCUAUGCAGGGAAGCAUACUUCCCUCUCUCUACAGAAAGUGCUCUCUCAUAAAUAAAUGAAUGAGUACCGUUCCAGUCUGGAUGUUAAAUGGUGCUUUCAUCAUUAAGAUGGAUUUUUAGUAAAGAUCACAUAAUCUGCACAUUGCCAUAUGUUGUACAAUACAUUUAACUUGGAUUUUUUUUGUUUGUAAUUUUUUGUAUUAGCCUAUGCAACAAUACAUUUAUAUGGAAAUAAAUUGAAACAUGGAAAUUUA